AUGGACACUCGCGCAGACACGUUGUCGGGCCGCUUCCGCGAACAAUGGGCCUUUCUGUCGCACCCUCCACACCAUGCUCAGGCAAGAUCCCUUCCGCCAUCCUCGAGUUACCUCCCAAGCGAUCGAAGCAACGUCUCCCCCUUACCCAUCGCGCUUCACUUCCAACGCUUCAACGCCUCCCGCUCCAGCCUGUCCAGACAUGCCUACCCUCCUUCCAUUGGUGGCAACAGUUCGACCACCAUCGCAUCUCAACCCGUGGUUGUCAGAAUCCAUUCUGCCGAUGCUUCGAUCCAGAUUCAUCCCGCAACGCGCCCACAAAGGCCAAAGGAGAAGAUGAGCAAAGACAACCAGCUGCCGCCGAUUCAAGAGUACAGCAUGCAGGGCAUCUUGGCCGCAAUCGAUGAAGAGAUCGAGGACAAUGUGAAUGCCAUCUCCGAAAUCCUCGGAAGGAGCAGGUUGGUUCUGGCCGACCAGCACGAGAGCCAUUUACCUCCUCAGGGCGAGAUCAGAGCCCCCAGUAGCUCUCUACAGGCGGUGGCGGAAGCAAGCACGAGCAAUGAAAGACUGGCCGGAGCAGACGACGUCCUUAUCUUGAGAGAAGAUGCCAGUCUUGUCGAAGGUAGUCAUACCGGAUCGGCGGCAUACGGACUUCUGGAGAGAUUGCAAACUGUUCCACGCACUCGCCGCAUGAAGAGUGAUAUGCACGGCGCUUCCGUACCUAGGCCUACUUCUGGCUCCGCGCGCAACUAUUCAGCCCCUGCGGCGCUGACAGAAGUUUCCCCUACAGUCGAAGACCAUGAUCGACCUGCUUUACCCGGGCUCUCGCAAGCUUCGCGACAAUUGCUUCGAGGUCAAGCGACCGAACACCAGGCCGGCGAACAUCCAUCUAGGACCACGAAUGCUAUGGUCUCCGAAAUCUAUCUCUCUGCCGGUGCCAAUGCAGUCACAGUGUCUGAUCCUCCCGUCGUUUCUGCAGGCGGUCGUCUGUAUCCGUUGUACAGCUAUGACUAUAGCGACAUAUUCGAGGCACCUAUCCCUCCCCCCCCAACCGCUCGAAUGAGUCUUUUCCGCAGACUCCAGUCUCUGAUCCCUAGCGGGGAAUUGCACACUCUGACGUCUUGGGCCCACGGUCGGAGCAACCGUGUGGUCACGGCAGAGUCUCAACUGAGGGAUAUUCUGGACAGACAGCGACGCAGAAGUGGGCCGCCACACAACCUGCAACCCGGUCACGAGGAUGCCGAAAUGUAUGAAUAA